UCAUAAAUUUCAGCUGCCGUAAAUCAGUCUUUUGAAACUUCAGAAAAAAUAAAAAAGUUCCUCAUAAAUUCACGUUUUGUAGAUAAAGUAGCUGAGUGGAUACGAUAAUGGAGGUAUCUUCAGUUGGCAUAGAUGUAAUUCUUGAUCAUGACCAUAAGGAACCCCCACGUUGUGCCCAUGGUCCAACAUUAUUAUUUGAGAAGACUGUCAAACAAAAAGGAUCCCAGCGUUACUUCAGUUGCUCUGCAUUUAGAGACAGAAAGCUGUGCAAUUUUUACCAACCCGAAGAAAGAAAGGUGUCCAAGGAGGUUGCAGCUUCCAGAGAAGAGCAUUACAAGACAAUUGGACCAAAGUAUUCCCAUGAAGAAUUUUACCAAAGAUUGCAACAAGUAAAACAAUACAUCAGUACAGACAGAGUAUUUUGUAAAACAUGCAGUUUAUUGCUACUGAAGGAUGAAGUUAAAGAACACAAAGUGUCUCAUAACAUACAAGAAAACAUUACAGAUCUCUCAUUGAAGUGUUUCCCCACAUCUUUACUUGAUCCUAUAGAAAACAACAAGUCAUACGCACAAUAUUUAUUCUCAAGAGAAACUGUGAAAUUUACUGUUAAGAUGCUACAAGACUUGGGCUAUACAAAGGUUCUGUGUAUAGGAGCACCAAGAAUUCAUGAAGCUAUAAUAAGUGAAUCUCUACCAGACACUGUCAACAUGAAAAGCUUGCUACUUGACUUGGAUCAUAGAUAUGAACAAUUCUUUGGCCCACAACAAUUCUGUUGGUACAAUAUGUUCAACCAUCAUUUUCUCGAUGGAUCAGUUGCUCACAAACUAUAUGAAUCAUUCCUUGAAUCUGAGUCCUCCAGGAUUGCCAUAGUAACAGAUCCUCCAUAUGGAGGUAGAGUUGAAGUUCUUACCCACACUCUUAAGAAGAUUAAUAAGACUUGGCAGAAUAAAGACACAUCUACAGAUAUUCCAAUAUUCUGGUUCUUUCCUUACUUCAUGGAACCCCGACUUAUAGAGUCUCUUCCCAGAUUGACUAUGCUGGAUUACAGGGUGAACUAUGACAAUCAUGAUCAGUUUAGUCGUGGGGAGAAGGGAAGGAAACAAGGUUCACCUGUUAGGAUCUUCACAAAUGUGUCACCUGAGAAAGUUGUAUUACCUGAGCCAGAUUACAGGUUCUGUCCCAUAUGCAAACGUUAUGUAGCAGUAGACAAUCUCCAUUGUGAUUUUUGUGACAGUUGUACAUCAAAGGAUGGUCGUACUUAUGUUCACUGCUUCAAGUGUCAGAGAUGUGUGAAGCCCUCUAGAGUUCACUGUGAUAAAUGUGGCCGCUGUGAGUUCCAAGACCACAAGUGUGGCAAAGUCUGGACUGAAGGUUGUCACAUAUGUGGGGAUCUGGACCAUAAGAGACACAACUGUCCAAAUAAGAGUGGAAUAAUCAAUAGGAACAAGAGGAAGCUGCCAACUAAUGACAUCUCAUCAAAUACAUCUUCAAACAAGAAACAAAGGAGAAUGAGGAGCAAGAAGCAAAAGUUCAAGGGACACCAAAGUAAAGGAAACAGAAGAAACCCCAAAUUAAGCAUAUCAUAAUGGUUGAACACUGGUUCUAAUACCAAUAUGAACAAUAAUUUAAUGGAUACAUUUAAUGUCAGAUAUGCAAUGGGAAGUGUAAUAAAUAAGUUCUAUAAAGUUACACAAACUGUACUUUAAUACUCUUUGGAUGCUCAUAUUCAACUAGAGACUGCAUGACAUUUGUGACUGAUCCCUCAAUUUUGUGAUUGAAACACAAAUAUGAUUUCAUGAAAUCACAAUGAAUCCCUCAACAAUGUUGCUGAAUUAUCACUCAGUUUUGCUAUCACGAUGUAAUUAAAAAUCUGGAAAUAAUCAGAGGGACACUAACAUACAUGAGGCCCCAUUUAAAGUUUGAAAAUAUAGUUCAUAUGGGGCCUUUAUGGAAAAUCCUUUUGGUCCAACUUAGGGAGCCCCUUGGUUCACCAGUGCAAUAAGUUUCUAAUUCUGUUCAUAAUUGUAUCAUUAAGCAAUAUCACUCAAUUCUGACCAAAGAUGGUCUCCUUUGCGAACUGUAUCUUUUUGGAGCUCUGGAUUCAUUCCAGUGACCAUACACAGCCUCCCAAUCAUUAGGCGACUGAUCCAACUGAACGGCUUUAGGAGUAGGUGGAUUAUGAUAUUCAACUCUCUGUUUAGAUUCAACUUUAAA